AUGAGCGACAUCUUAAGCAUCGGCGGAGAACCAGUCUUCGACGAUCGCAUCGUCAAGAUCGAGACUCACACGUACAACCAUUACGCCAAUACCACGUUCGGAAAUAGCGACGAGAUACGAAUUCCUAUACAACAGGAUCUGUACACGUUACCGUGCGAGAGUUUUCUCUACGUCGAGGGCAGACUCGAGUCGAAGAAACCGUCGGGCGCGGAGGGAGAAGGCGCGCCGGCGACGAGGCUGAUGAACAAUUGCGCGGCGUUUAUGUUCGAGGAGAUUUGCUACGAGCUUGACGUGGAGAUCGAUCGAAGCAGAAACGUCGGAAUAAACGAGCACGAUCAAGAAUUACGCAUCGCUGACGGUCGAGAGAGGCAAGAUAUUACAGAACGCUGGAUGGGACUUAUCAGCAAUAACUCAUUCGCCGAUCGGCGAUUUCAACUUUUGCGUACCCCUCAACGUGUUGCUAGGUUUCUGCGAGGAUUACAAGCGCGUCAUACAGUGGCGAAUGCCUCAUAUAGUGCUAAACGACGCGUCAAUAAAUUAACGCUAUUGCGCACGUUGGACAGCAGACGAUACCUGAGCGUCGCUUUCCGUUCGCGGGAUCUCUACGAGUUUCCACUUUUACAAAGCACGACCAAACACUCGUGGGUGGUCAAAGCGGCGAUGCAGCUCGGGGAACCGCGAUACGUUAUCUUUGCGCUACAGUCCGGAAGAAAGAACGUUCUGUCCGAGGAGCCUUCUCUAUUCGCCGAUUGCAAACUGACCAACAUCAAGCUGUAUCUUAAUUCUGAUUUUUAUCUCUACAACGAUAUGAAUCUGAAUUUCGAGAAGCGCAAAGUUGCCGUGCUGUAUGACAUGUACUCGAGAUUUCGGAGAACGUACAACAGAUGCGAUAACGACGAGGCGCUUUUAAAUCUGAAGAAAUUUUUAGUCUAUGGCCCGCUCGUGGUCAUCGACUAUUCUCGACAGAACGAAUCGAUCAAGAGCGCCACCGUGGACGUUCGUAUAGAGUUCGACUGCAAGGAGAAUGUCCUCUCUAACACCACAGCCUACUGUCUCAUUAGUCACGAUCGAGUGGUGGAGUACAAUCCGCUCGCCAACGUCGUGCACAGAAUCGUGUAG